AUUGGCGCGACUUUUACAACCGUGUUAGUGCAGUGCCGGCAUUGCUUCCCCAACGGGUAUGUCGUAGUUCUGGAGUCGCAAGCGAAAAAUAUGACAACGGCAUUAGAACCGCUUUGUGUUGUUAGCUGAACGGUGUUGCGGUUGGUCGACUGUUGCAGUCAAGUGUUUCCAUUUGUUGUGAAGUGUGCACGAUAAAAAAAACCCUGAAGUAUCCGAUAAUAAUCGAACCUUAUCAGACAUCAUGGCAGGCGAAAGUGCAACUAACAAAGGAAAGAGAAAAACACGUAAACAAAAUAUCCAAUGGAUGAACCGUAGAACACGAUGCCUGCUGCAGUGGGUCGAAUCGUCGCUAAAUAUUUCCGGACGCAAUAAUAAACCACUAAGUGUACCGAAGCCAGUAUUUCAACUGACGGUGGAAUUUAGUAUCGUUGAUUCCACGCUCGUACUGAACCUACAAAACAUGUGCUCGCAAGUGCUUAUCCUACGGUCGAUCUUUCUCUACUACGAAACGCACCAACGUGUCUCGCUGUUCGAUGGCGUUAUACGCAUGGUAUCCGGGUACGAGUUUACGAUGGAAAAGGUGAUUCACCAAAAGGAGGAUCGUUCGUAUCAUUUGGUGCUACUAUGUCACGUGCUCGGCACCCACUACAGGCUACGUGAAACCGUACUGCUCCAUCUCCUAUCACCGAGAAAACCGCGGGGCCUUCCUAUGCAACUGACAAAAUUGCCAUGGUUCGGUGUGCCGGAAUAUGUGCAGGAAGUUUACUUGAACGGGUUUCUUACUAAUCAACACUACAGUCGCAAUGCCAGUCUGUGGUUGGAACGGUUCACAAAGUACAGAGCCGAACAGCUUUCCUCCUUGAAUUAUCUUGAUUACUUACGCAUGCUGAAUCAGAUCGAUGAGUUCGAUAGUCACCUGCAGAUGUUGCGAUACACGAUCGAAAAGGCUAACCUGGAGGAAACGCUACCAAAGGAGUAUCUGCUCACAAUCGACCAGUUCAAAGUUCCUCCGGUAUUACUCGACGUUGGUUCUCACGUACUUAUAACCUACACAUCGAGCGGAUCGCAAAUUACACGCGGAACCGUAAUCGAUCGUAGUUCGUGUCUCAUCAUCAGAACCGAAAUUCCGUUAAGAAAGCUUUGCUCGUUAAAGCUCACCUUUCCAUUAAACCGUACACAGUUUGAUAUGGAAUAUAUGGCCUUAAAUUACAUGGGCCAUCUCGAUCUAAAUCGCAUCGUCUUCCCCGCACCGGAACCCAUCAAACCAAAAAAAAUCAAAAAUGCUUUCAAGGAAGAACAGAUCACUAAGUUCGAGUGGUUUCAAGAAUGCAUCGGUAAAAACAGUCAGCAAAUGCAGGCAAUUAAAAACAUUAUCAAUCGAACGGCUUAUCCGGCACCGUACAUCCUCUUUGGUCCACCCGGUACGGGCAAAACGUACACCAUUGUGGAGGCGGUGUUGCAGAUCUGGAAACUACGACCAAAAUCACGCAUACUUGUGACGGCCACGUCGAAUUUCGCUUGCAACGAGCUAACGAAACGGCUGCUGAAGUACGUGAAGGAUACGGAUAUUUUUCGCUUCUUUUCGUACACCUCGGAACGGGAUAUACAGGGCAUGGAUUUGAAAGUUAUCGGUGUUUCGAACAUGCACUACGGUAAAUACGAAACGCCUGCAAGGGAGGACUUCACACAAACGCGCAUCCUCGUCUGCACGGUCAUAAUGUGUGGUCGUUUGUGGCAACUGAACGUUAACAGAAAUAUGUACGAUUACAUCUUUAUCGAUGAGUGCGGUAGCUGCAAGGAACUGUCCGCUCUCGUACCGAUCGCAUGCGUUGGCGCGGAUAGUGCGAAUGAUAAGCUGAGCGCAAGCAUCGUACUGGCCGGUGAUCCGAAACAGCUAGGACCAGUUACGCGUAUGCCGUAUUUAAGAAACACUGCUCACGAUGAAUCGCUACUAGAGCGACUGAUGGAGUUGCCACUUUACCGUAAAGACCUGAACAACAACGAGUACAACACGGGCAUGGUGACGAAGCUGCUGGACAAUUACCGUUCGCAUCGCGCCCUGUUCAAAUUUUCUAACGAACAGUUCUACGAAGCAGAACUGCGAGCUAAAGGAGCACCCGCCAUAACGAACUGGGCGGUGAAUUGGCAAUAUUUGCCAAAUCCCACCUUCCCGAUGAUGUUUCAUUCCGUGACCGGCUUUAUGCAGCAAGAUGCCAUUACGCUUAGCUAUUGGAAUGUGCAGGAAGCCAACAAGGUUUACGAGUACGUGCAACUACUGCUAAAGGAGGAAAUCAAUGGACGUAUAGUACAGCAGGAUGAUAUAGGCAUCGUUACGCCCUAUUCCAAACAGGUGCAAUUCAUUAAGAAUGGCCUUUCGAUGCUUGGACUCGAUGAUAUUGAGGUUGGUUCGGCGGAACAGUACCAGGGGCGGGAGAAGUCGGUGAUCAUAAUCUCAACCGUACGAUCGAAUCGCACAACGGUCGGAUUUUUGGCCGAUGCAAGACGACUAAAUGUUGUACUGACGCGUGCCCAAGCACUAACCAUCAUCAUCGGCAAUCCCAAAAAUUUAAUGACGGACAGAAUGUGGUACAGCUUUCUGCAACUACUCGCUGCCAAUAGGGCAAUCGUGGGCAAAACGGUCAAUCUAGACAAAUAUGUUCCACUGAAACAUGAAGUACGUAAAAUGGAAGGGAAUUAUGAGUUGACGACAUUUGCUUAACUGUGUAUGUACAAGUUCGAUAUUACUUUAAUAUAAGAAAACGCUACUUGAUAAAUGACAACCGUAUUACUUCGCGGAACGUAGGACUAUUUGCUGCACUGUUGACAAUAAAAAAGACGCAACUUAGUGUAGCUGCAUCGUUCUUUUUCGGACACGGAUUUUCGGAACGUUUUCACCCUUCGCGCGCUAUUCAUCUAUUCCGAGGGGGUUCUCUCAUCUUAUCUUCUAAAAAAUAGUAUGCAUUUCGAACUGUACAACAAAUAAC